GGACCCUUCCAUACGCAAACAUUCUCUACUCUCUCUCUCUCUCUCUCUCAUUUCCUUUGUCUUCUUCCUCCUCCUCUCGUGACCCGACUCAGCAUCGUCUUCCCCUUAUCGUCCCAGAUUCAGAUCUACCUCUUCCUCAUUCUUCCAUUUUCGCAUUCUCCAAUUCCAUUCUUCAUUCACAAUCUCAAACUAUCGCUCUUUCUUUCGAUUCUCCUUAACUCUGCCGUCUUUUCAACCCAGAAUUGUGAUUUUUGCUCCAUCACCAUUCAUUCCUGUCAGAAUGUACUUUGCUUUAUUCUCGUAACUGUCACUUCCACUUUCUGAAUUGGUAUUGACUUUGCUUAUUUGUUUUCUCGAUAAUCCACAGUCUUAACAGACCUAAUGGCUUCGCCGCCAUCAAAACCCGUGCUUCAGAAACCACCAGGUUACAAAGACCCGAACAAUCCGCACCAACCAAAACCGAGACCUCCGUUAGCUCGAAAGCCCGUUCUCCCACUCUCCCUCCGGUCCAGGAAGCAGCGCCGCCGACGCUGUUGCCGGAAGUGCUGCUGCGUCUUCUGCGCCUGCAUCAUCGUUCUCACCGUCGCCCUCAUCGUUGCUGCCUCGCUUAUCUACAUCGUGUACGACCCGCAAGCGCCGGUUUUCCACCUCCAAUCAUUCCGAAUUCCCAGGUUGAACGUCACCGAGAAGCCCGAUGGCGCGUACCUUGACGCCAGCACGGUGACGAGGUUGGAAGUCAAGAACCCAAACAGCAAAAUUCAGUGGUAUUUCGGUGAGGCAAGGUUCGGAAUUUCGACAGACAAUGGGAAUGUGAAUCUGGGGGGGAAGACGAUUCCGGGUUUCUUGAUUAAGGAGAAGGAGGUGACGCUUCUGAAGGCGGAGACGAGCGUGAAUGAUCAGAUUUUGGAGGAUAAUGAGGGUAAGAAUCUCAGGGGGAAGUUUCGAAGCAGAGAGUUCGUGCCCAGUGUGGAGGUUCGAACCAGAGUAGGGGUGGGUGUGCAGAGCUUGAAGAUAGGAAGUGUGGAGAUCACAGUGGUGUGUGGAGAAGUGACAUUGAAAAAACUUGAAGGUGGAGCGAUGCCCAAAUGCACCAUCACCUUGCUCAAAUGGAUCAAGAUACAAUGAGCUGGCCACUUGUUCUGUGAACAGUGAAAGGUUUUACUACAGUACCUCAAGUUGCUCUGCAACACGCAGUUCUGAAUCAGAACCGAUGGGGACUGUAGAUCUAUAAAAUUUCUUUUUGGUCUUUUACAAAAGUGAAAGUAAUAAGUUUGUAAAAUACUUUGCUUGGAGAAAGGGAAAAAAAUGGGGUCACAGUCUUAGAACAAGAAGGGUAUCAUCUGCAGUAGUUCAAGAUACUGUUUGGUUCUUCUCAAUGGGGAGUGAGGUUCUCACAGGUUAUACCGGGUGAUUGUAUUUAAUAUUUAUAUCAUAAAAUUUAUUUAUUUACUUAAUUAUUUCAAGUGAUUGUUGAUAAGCAUUCAUCAGUCAUUGUACAAGUGAAGAAGUUCGUGUAUUCCUCUUUGUGCAAUAAAAGAAUCUGUUUGGCGGGGUUCCUUCA